AUGAGUGAUAAGUUACAAAAGUAGCUAUUUAUGCGGUGUCAUUCUUGACACUGUUGAAACCGCAAGACACUAAAAUGAGCAAGAUUCGUCUGGAAGAGUCGCCAUCUGAUCGAAUAACCCGUCAAAUUGACGGGUUGCGCCAGCUGAUGGUGGGAGCACUGUGUGAAGCUGUACGUGCACAGGCUGGGUUUGCAGCUAGCAACAAAAAUGAACUUCAACCGAAGACCGUUUCAGUUUUCGCCAGACUUUGGCUUUGAGCACGCUUCUAGUUCAUUUCGUGACCAUUUUGACGAGUCGUCGGAAGUGAACGAUAUGUUCAGUGCGGGAGCACCGCCGGGACGGUGGGAUGCGGCCGACCUGCCCAGGUUUCACGUUCCGGGAUUUGGUCACGACUUCAAUAACGAUCCAUUCAGUCUUUCGUCUGGCCAAUCAUUUUUUAGCAAUCCUCGUGGCGUAUCGAGAGAGGUACCAAUUAAGGUAUCCCAUUACAAGUCCGGUCCGGCUUCGGAUGAUUUAUCACGCGCAAAGGGUGCCACCAGUAGCUCAACGGGUACGACUGGCUCUGGCGAAGUAUAUAUCCCCAUCCAUGUAGAAGGUGAAGUCAGAAAAAAUAAUCAGGCACGCCCGGAAUCUUCAGGAGCGCAGCAUCAAGAAUUCCAUCACCGGCAACAACAAUCCCCAGUGGGUAAAACCCAGACAGAUGCCCAACAUGGACAGGAGGAAGUCGUUUCCGAGAAGCAGCAGCCUCAGCAACAGCAUACAUAUUCAUAUAGAUCAAGCCUGGGCGAGGAUAGUCCUCAUCGUUUUUCAACAAUGCCGCCUCGCGGGAGAACCUUCGCUGGCUAUAUGACUCCAGGAAAGGCAGGAGGUGGCAUACCAAUCCCCGUGCAUGUGGAACGCUCCGACUCAAGCCCGGUGAUUGGCGAUGACCGCUUCGGGCAGCAAAAAUCGCCGGAACGAGGAUCAGAGGCGCAGAGUAAUACUGGGACAUUCCCUCGCACCAAAAGCAACGAAGCGCCUUUACGAUGGAUACAAGGGAUGUUUAGGGGACCGCGUGUUGCGGAACAACCUGGUGAUCCGCAUGCAGCAUCUCCACCGCCAUCAAAUCCCGAGCCGGCACCGCCGCAACAGCCGGUUCAGAAAGCACCCGUCUCGCCACAGGAACGCAUUGACAAAGUCUUGUUGGAUCUCGCCGAUCUCAACGGUAAAGUUAACGCGUUCAAGGGUACUGACCAAAAGGCAAAGGAAUACCGUUUCCUCGACGAGAUGCUCACGCGUCUUAUGCUUAGCCUUGACGACGUCAUCACAGAUGGAAACGAGACCUUGAGGGCUCAUAGAAAGUCCGCAAUCAAAGAAGUGCAACGUGUCAUUGACAAGUUGGAGAAAACCGUUCAGACCAAUGCGGAGGCAGCCCAGAAAAAAAAUCAGCAGAAGCGGGCGCCAGCGCUUAAAGCACAGAAAGAAGAGCCCGCUGUUCACGCUCCUGUUGACAAGGCGCCUUCCUGUGACAUUACCGUAACUGCUAGCUCUCCUAAAGAGGCCUCCCCGCCAAGACGAGAUAAGUCUCCUAUGAAAAAGCGGCAGGCUUCUCCCAUCAAAAAGGACAAGCGCUCCCCUUCGCCGAAAAAAGAAGUUGGGUUAAUUGGAAGGCAAUGCGUCUCUUCGUGCACCAAGGAGUCGCAAACACCGUCCACUAUCACCAACGAUAGCAGCGCAACGUGUGACGGGGUAUCUGUCACCGUAAACGGAACGCCGGUUUCAUUGACUUCCCCUGUGGAUUCCGCUGCAGCAGAUUCGUCGAACACCGACCCUAUGGAAAAAAUGAAAUUCGCUGACGAUAGUCAGACUGACGAACCCACCACCCCGGAGCCUAUUGUGUCCACCGCAAGCAUUGAACUAAAGAAAUAGAUGCUAUCUAAGUGCACUGCUAGUGGAUAUAUAUAUAUAUAUAUACAAAAAAGUAAUAAUCUGAUGUUAUCUAAUGACAUCAAUGCAUUAUUAAGUUAUACUUAUAUAUACUAUAAUUUCUGCUGAUACAUGUUUCUGCUUCUUGGAAUUGAGAAGAGGGAUUAUCAUAAGUGCAGCAGGGAAAGAGAAGCUAGGAGAGCCAGCUGGCCGAAUAUGAUUGUUGCCUUAUAGCCUGAUUUAAUCAGUGGCAUGGAUGCAGUGACGAAAGCCGCUAAGACAGAGUACGUGGUAUGUUAGUUUGACAUGGUGAAGGCCGUAAUAGCUCGCUAACCAGAUGAUGAUUACUUGCCAACAUUGCCAUGGUUUUGGAUGGUAAGUGUGCACCUUAAGGUUUUGAGGCAUGGUGUUUGGUGCCGGACAGACAUAAAAGCACGUAAAUCAAGUAAGAUUCGAUAGUUAUGGUGGUAAUGACAACUUGAAGGUGAAUAUUAUGGGAAGUUGUAGCUGUCGUUUGCAACGACAAAUAGCUCCUUUCUUCGAGUGCUAGUCAGAUGAAGAUAGAUGAAGUGUCUCAAUUCCAAGUCGUCAGGCUUUCGAGGUUGUUCGUUCGAGAUCUGUCUGAAGAUUGCUCAUUGCAGUACGUCUGCUAGCCGCCCAACGGGAACUAGCUGAAAUAUUAAACUUGGGUGAGCAUCUCCUUGACAUAACUCUCCAGUGAGCUCAUGUAUAUAUGCAGCGUAAGUGAAAGACCGAGGAGAAGGCUGGGGUAAGUCGAACGAGCUGCUGGAUCCGCACCUCACGGGUCAAGAGGCUGCCAGUCAGUUGUGCUGGCGCAAUUUCGUCGCAGAGAGAGCAACUUCAUGGAACGAGGAAACCGCGCCAACAGUCGUCGAGUCUUCAAGCUAAAUACCCCUUGCUAAGGUAUUCCCUGUGAAUACUAGCGGCGCCCUCGGCCAACGUUGACACAAUGUACUUCAUGAUCUAUAAUGGUGAUGAUGAUUUAAAGUGCGGUUAUGUAAAUAAAAUAUUUAUCUAUCUAUCAUAUGGCACAUAUA